AUGGGUUGGAAUCACUCAAUAGAUGAACAACAGUUACAGCAGGGUUCUUCAAGCCAUGCUAGGUCUUUUAAUUGUGCCUUUUGCAAGAAAGGGUUCUCAAACGCACAAGCACUUGGCGGUCACAUGAAUAUCCAUAGAAAAGAUCGAGCCAGGCUAAACCAAGCUUCUGCCUCGGAUCAUGAAAACUUGUUGUCUAUGGAAAUCAUAAAAAUAGGUAGAAAUACUCCGAUCGAAGAUCAACGACAACAGCAAGCUGAUCAAGUGAUGUCCGAGGCCGACAAGAAUCUAUGUCUGCAGCUUGAAGGUAAAACUAGAAAGGAUGCCGCAGAUCAAGAAGUGCAACAGUUAACUUUGUUUGCAGAGGUUCCUUCACCAAGUGAUCAUGGUGUGGAGGUGAUUAGAAGUUGUGUGAAGAGAGGGAAUGAAGAAAUGGUGAGUACUGAUCAAAGUUGGUCCGAGGAAGAAUUGGACCUUGAGCUUCGGUUAGCGGGGCCUGAUCAGAAUCGUUGA